AUGUUUACGAGAAAGAAAAAGAAGCCACAAAUAUCAACACCAACAAAUUUUGAGCAUCGAGUGCAUACUGGUUUUGAUAAACGUGAAGGAAAGUUUGUUGGUUUACCACUACAGUGGGCGUCAAUUGUUGGUAAUAAUCAGAUAUUAAAAUCGACAAAUCGACCAUUGCCGUUGGUUGAUCCUAGUGAAAUAACACCCACAGAAAUAUUAGAUUUGAAGACAAUUGUACGUGGACACAAUGAUCCGCGUAUUAGCAAAAAUAAUGGUCAGAGUAAUGGUAAUAACAAUGAAAAUAAUAGUAAAUUUGAGAAUGGUGGAUUACCGAAAAUGAGUACUGUUGCAAGAUCUAAUUCAUUGAGAUCUUCAAGUCCACCAAGAUUGAGACGAGAUUUUCGCAAUAAUGCUAAUUUACCGCCGUCUGUACCGGAAGGACAAGAAGUAUCAUCAAGUCCAAGUCAAAUGGUGCCUACGUAUACGAUGUAUGGAAAACCUUAUGGUUAUCCUGACAAAAUACGGCAGCAAAAUUCAUCAAGUGUUGGUAAUAUGGUCGGUAAUGGACCUAUUUCUGGUCCUAAUUCUGGACCUCCUGGACCUGUUAAUUCAAGUUUACAAAAUAUACAAAAUAUGAAUCCGAACUUACAAUCAUCACCGAAUUUAACCAAUGCAAUAAACAAUGCACCGAAUUUGUCGAUAAAUUUCCAAAAUUUAAGCCCUAUACCAAGUCAUCAAGACGGAUCUAAUGUUAAUAAUUCAAUUAGUAGUCCAUUAAAUGAACAUGAUUAUCAAAGAAUGAAUGCACCAUCAACAAUGUCAGGACAGCACCCAGAAAAUAUCCGGACGAUGACAGAGACUGCUAGAGAUCACGCAAUACCGGCAAAUAUGAUGAUACAUAAAUUACAGCCGAAGAUAUCACCAGUUGGUUCAAUAGCAUCUCAACGACCCCUCAGUCAAUUGAGUACUCAUAAUGUCAUAAAACAUCCACAUAAUUAUCUUAUGCCUGAGAACUCAUCAUCACUACAUGGACAUUUUAACAAGCCACCAGAAAGCUCACAGUCGAUGCAUAAUUUGUCAAAACUGGCGGGACAUCCGGCAGUAUCAGCUAUGCCCAGUUCAAGUGCCACUAGCUCAGUGAGCCCGCGGCUACAGGGCUUCUUGGAAAGAAUGUUGGUUCGUGAUCCAGCCCAGAGAGCCACUGCUGAAGAAUUAUUGCAACAUCCGUUCCUAAGGCAAGCAGGAAGUCCUAGUGUCUUGAUACCACUGAUGCGUAGCGCAAGACAUACCAAUUGUUGA